AUGACGACCAUCUCUCUCCAAGUGGAAUUUGGAGGCGGUCUUGAGCUUCUCUUCUCAAAUCGAAAGCGGCACACGCUGACCCUUCCGUCCAUGGUGCCAUUCGACAAUAAUACUAAGGUUCUUCCAGACGCGCUAUCUGGUGUUGAAACAAAACCUGCAGACAUCGAGUACUUACUGUAUCAUCUCCGCGAUCAUUUGCUUCAAGAAAGGCCUGAACUAUUCAUGGAGUAUAAAACAGUACGGCCGGGCAUAUUGGUUUUGGUUAACAAUACCGAUUGGGAACUAGAGGGCGAAGGGGAAUACGUGCUUCAGAACAAUGAUGAAAUUGUAUUCAUAUCAACUCUUCACGGAGGAUAG